AUGGAGCGAGGCGAACAGUGUCUGACGCGCGCGUUUGAGAAGUGUUUGGAUUGGUCGACGAGCAGGACGGAGCCGAACUUGGUCGCGAUAGGACAGACGACUGGUCGAGUUUUGCUGAUGAACAUGGGGGGAGAUCGGUCGUCCGACAGGAUCAAGAGCGUUUUUGCGCCGAAGCAGCCGCGACAGUGCAACGUGGUGGCGUGGAAUCCCGUGUUCCACGGUCAGCUCGCGGCUGGAUUCGAUCGGACGCGGUCCGAUCAUUAUUCGUGCAUGGUUUGGGACCUCAACGAGCUGGAGGACAAGCACGAGCUUUCGCUGCCGUCUCAGUCGUUUGAGUCGGAGUCCGCCAACUGCUUUUCGCUGCCGACGGGGUCUCUGGACGAGAGGUACGGCAAUUCCCCGUCCGCGGUCGCGGAGUACGCGGUGCAUCCCAAAGUGAGGCUGGCGAAUUUGGAGGAGACGUCGUGCUUGGCGUGGCUCCCGAACAUGCCGCAUUGCCUGAUGCUGAGCACUAAAAAUCGCUGGAUUCGGAUAUACGACACUCGACAAGGAACUAGCGCCGUGUCCAGCGUCAGCAUCGCUCCGACGAGGGCGGUCCGCGGCAUUCGCUUCAGUCCGGUGCACCCGUGCUACGCGGCCACCUUCAGCGGCGAACCCGGAAUCAAGUUGUGGGACAUUCGCUCGUUCAGAGAGCCUGUGCUGCAAAUAUCGACUGCCAGUCGCCCGGUGGAAGUAGCUUGGUGUCCCGUGCGCGGAGACUUGUUGGGCGGCCUCCUCAAGGAGGAGACCUGCAUUCGCGUCUACAACGUGUCGGGUUGCGAGUCGUCGCAGCAGGACGCGGCCGCACCGCUCGCCGCGAGGUCGAAGACUUCUUCGGCCGCCUACGGGGCGCUGAAAGACGCAAAAGGCGACGACGGACCGGGAGCAACCCCAUUCUACCAAUAUGUGAGCAACGCCUACGAAGUCCUAGACGCCGUCUCAAGCUUUUGCUGGCACGCCAGCAGACCGCAGUUGCUCUGCUUGAGCGCCAACAACGGCUUGCGCAUACUCAACAUAAGGAGACCCAUCACCGUCUCUUUCAGCAACCUGUCGCGACUUUGCUUCGGCUUCGGGUCUCAGCUCUUCGAGGGCCCUGUCCUGUCGAACUCCGACCCCCUCGCGGCCGACUCGGCCGCCAGCGACAGCGACACGUCCAAACCCGCUCCGGAGACGGGCGAUCAGUCUUCCGUCGCAGACGCCGACAAGGACAUCUCUUUGGUCAUGCACCAAAGAGCCAAAAGAGGCUACGGUGGCGACGCGAAGGCGAACCGCGAGCUAGCGCGCACCUUCAACAGCCCGGACAUCCUCUUCGCCUGGCGCUGGCUCUGCAACGCAAAGUACAGCGUAAAAAAAAAUACGGCCGACUUCAGAGGCGUCUACUCGAUCAUCAGCCGCUCGAAGGGCUCCCAUGUCUCCUCCAGCCCUCUGACGCCCGUCAAACCCGCGGAAGAUGCCGAAGACGCCGACUCCCACCCCAGCAAGACCACCCCCUCCUCUCACUCAAUCGCCGGCGAAACCACGCCCCAAGUCGCCUCCACGACCGCCGACGCGGACUCGCCCGCCAUCGCGUACCUCCGGUCCAUCCACACCGUCUACACGUCCAGCGAGAGGUCGCUGAGCCUGCGCCUCUGCGGAUGGGGAUUCGUCUCCUACCAGAAAUUCUGGUCCAACAUCGAAAUGCUAGUCGAAGGCGGACUCGUCACCAAAGCAGUCGCCAUCGCUCUGUUCCACCUAGAAGUCCAAGCCGCCAUCUUCGUCCUUCGCAUGAAGAACCACUCUCAAGACCCCGUUCUAAAACUCAUAGACAUGGCCCUCGCCGGCAUCAACGAAAACCCCUCCGCUCAGUGGAGAAGUAGCCUCCAAUUCCUCAAAGACCAGAUGAUCGACCCCUACGCAAUAGCCAUCGUCUCCUUUCUCUGCAAGACCGAACGCGACGGCUACCAAGACAUCCUCGUCGACUGCAAAAUCUCCUUCUUGGACAAAAUCGCGUUCGCCUGUCGAUACCUAGACGACGAAAGCCUGAAAACCUACCUCGAGGCAACCAGAACCCAAAUGAUCAAGCUGGGCCUCCUCAUCGGCGUCGCCCUCACCGGCAUCGACUCCACCGGCGGAGGCGUCGAUCUGUUGCAAGAAUACCUCAACAGAACCUGCAACAUCCAAACAGUCGCCCUGCUCCUCUGCCACACCUCGCCUCGAAAAAACGCCCCCGACCGCCGCCCCCUUCUCUGGAUCGGCAUCUACAGGCAGCUCUUGAACACCUGGAAAAUGUGGAUGGAAAGAGCCCAGCUCGAAGCCCUCAGGGGCAGCUUCCUCGGCACUCCAUUGCUGCCCCAGGUCGUCGUUCGGUGCAACAUCUGCAGCGCGCCUCUGAACGCCAGCAAAGGAAACCUCUCUCACUUCAAAAUCACGGCGCCCAUCAAACUAGGACUGCUCAACGAACCAAAAGCUCUAGCCACCACCUCCGCCCUCGGCAACGCCAAGACCGCGCCCGGCAUGCCAGAACCCUCCAUACAAGACAAAAUAACGACCGCCUGUCCAUCCUGCCACAAAAGACUGCCCAGGUGCGCACUCUGUCUACUUCCUCUUACUUGCGUGGUCCCAACGCCCAACAGCCUGCAGAGACACGACGCGCCGGUCUCGCACUCAGGCGCUCAAUCUUUCGACAACUGGUUCUCCUGGUGCCAAACGUGCAAGCACGGCGGACACGUCAAACACCUUCUCAGCUGGUUCGAAGAAAGCAACGUCUGUCCCGUCGCAGACUGCGACUGUCGCUGUUCAUUCCGCUAA